AUGGCUAACUCUCUUUUGAUCACUUGCUUGGCUUUCUUUUCCCUAGUAUCCAACUUUUGCUUUGGCCUAAAUCCUAACGAUUGGGGCCCCGGCUCAGGUUGGGGUUCACCUUCGAGUAUGGGAUCGGGACCUGUAGGUCCCGGGUCGCCCCCGGUUUAUGGCUCGGGGUCGCCACCCUCAGGCUCGGGUUGGGGUUCAGGAUCAGGUUCGCCCCCUGGUUUUGGAUAUGGACCGGGAUCCCCCGGUUAUGGUUCGGGAUCAAGUUCGACCCCCGGUUUUGGUUCUGGAUCGGGAUCCCCCGAUUAUGGUUCAGGAUCUGGUGUGCCCCCCGGUUAUGGUUCGGGACCGGGAUCCCCGGGUUAUGGUUUGGGAUCAGGUUCGCCCCCAGGUUAUGGUUCGGGACCGGGAUCCCCCGGUUAUGGUUCGGGUUCACCCCCUAGUGGGUCGGGUUCACCCCCGGGCUCGGGAUCAAGGGCGGAAUGGUCUACUGACCAAGCAACUUUCUAUGGACCUCCCACGGGCGAUGGAAACGAUGUUAACGCGUGCGGAACAAAAGACCUGUCGAACCCUCCAUAUUUGUCCAUGGUCACAGGAGUCAACGAUGCCACCUUUCAGAAUAAGAUGGCUUGUGGUCAUUGUUACCAGAUAAAAUGUUCGUUGGAUAUAUGCUCGGGCCAACCGGUAACGGUGACUGUAACUGAUUGGAGUGAUGUUCAUCACAAAUUUGAUUUAAGUGGCACUGCCUUUGGAAAAAUGGCCAAACCUGGACAAGAAGACCAGCUUCGGGCCAAGGGAAUCAUAGAUAUUCAAUAUCAGCAGGUGGAGUGCAAUUAUAAUUCGGGGGCAAAUGUGGCAUCCGGCGUCAACGUGAGCUCAAUCCCUAACUAG